AUGAUGUUGCCCAAGAAUCUCAAAGUAUUGAAAAGGUCUAUUUCCGAGAAAAUUCUUCGGAAACCCCACCAAAAACCGGAUGUACCGGAAACGACUCAGACACGACAAAGUGCCUCAUCAUCGCAGUCGUCCCAAGAUGAAGAUGAUCCCUAUCAAGAGAUUCUUCGAACCUACAACGACAACGUCUCUCAUUUGGUAUUCCAUGGAUCAUCGCUAAAAUCAAUGAGCACCAUAGACUUUGAAUUAUCGAAUCAACCGCUCAGAAGCACCGGAUCGUGCCGUGUACGAUUUCAAGAAAGGAGAGAUGGUGAUUUGGAAGCAAGGACAAGAAAAUCGGCCGAGAGUGCUUAA